AUGACGCAAGCGCGCAACGCUGCUUGCAGCGCUACCCGAGCCUCGCCCGAAAAGCCAGCCACACCAGCCGCUCGUCUGGCGUCUGCAAUGAAGCCAAUCCAAUCAACGUGCGCACUAGCGAGUCAACAAACGAGCAAACGCGAUCAAACAAGCGUGGAUGAAGCUGGUGCUCCUAAGACGCGGCGUGGAUUGCAGAAAGAUCUUAAGUUUAUACAGUCCUGGAACGCGCUUGAGGUCCUGGCGGAUGUCGCGCGUCGCUACGGCGGCGAGCAACAGCUAGAUCCAGCUCUUGAGCAACCACGACUGCAACUACUCAAGGACGCCUGCGCGACGGGCGAUCUUUUCUAUGUCGUGCUUCAUCAGGUCUUUUGCACUUGGACCGCGAAGCCACUCGAAAUUCGAGGGCUGUUUCAAAAUGAUGAUCACUUGUUCUCAUUGGCAGAGCAUGGACUGCGAACGCUGAGUGCGAUCCUCAAAGACAACUCAAAUAUGCGACCAGAUCUGCUACACUGUUUUGCCAACUUUCCGGCACCUUUUUCGAACAUGCGGCGCUUUCCACCGUACUCUGACUCGCUGAACGCCGUGGUGAAGUUCCUCUUUUCUAUGGCCACUUCAUGGACCGAGUUGAUGAAGAAGCAUGCGGCAUACGGUUUCCCACUACUGAUGGAUGAGUUGCUAAGACUGCUGCAUAUGCACUCAGAGGUCUUGCAACUCAUCGUCUUCCGUGCAUCCAGGAGGACAGCAGGUGUUCCGGACGGGCCUGUCGGCACGCAGAUGGAGUCUCUAUUCAAGGAGGAUCAGGACUUUCAUCGGUCCGCGGAUGGUUCUUUUAUGCCAAAGGCACAGGAUCCUGCCUAUCCGAAUUACAAAGGCAAUCUUGUUCAGCGAUACAAGGAGUAG